CACCGGUCCGCGGUCCGCGGUCUCACGGGUUUGGGUUACGCGGGUUGGGGUGUUACAAAGCUUGUUGUCGAGCAUCCUCUUGAGGCCAAACAACACACUUCCAUUCCUUUUCCCCUCUCCAUAAACUACUACUUUAUUCCCUUUUCAUCUCCUUCCUUGCUAUCAUGUCAAACACAUCCAACAACCUUUCCAACGAAGAACUCCUAGCUUCCAAUGCCGCCCUCAAAGCCCAAGUUGAGUACUAGGCAAAACAAGUUGCCGAACUCACCAAACUCAAGAUGAACAUGGUGAACACCCCAGAGGAAAGCGAUGAAGAAGAAGAGGUUCCUCUCGAAGAUAACUCUAGUAACACCGUUAGAGGAGAGAAUUAUGAACGAGGAGCUAAUGAUUUCAAGGUUGACAUUGAAGGAAAGAAUGAUCCUGACGACUUUCUAGUGUGGCUCGAGACUGUUGAGCGCGUCUUUGACUUCAAAGAUGUGCCCGAGGAGAAGAAAGUCAAAAUCGUGGCACUAAAUUUCUGGAAGUAUGCGUCCACCUGGUGGUCUAACCUAUCCACCAAAAGAAGGCGAGAGAAUAAGGCUCCCGUGAAGUUGUGGCUCAAAAUGAGGAGCUUCUUGAAGAAGAAGUUCUUGCCCGAACAGUAUGUACGAGACAACUUUGCCCGGCUUCAACACCUAAGGCAAGGCCCUCGCUCGGUUGAAGACUAUACUCGGGAGUUUGAAGAACUCUUAAUGAGUAUCUGCCUUUUGAUGCAGUUAAGAAGUGGUUUGGAGACCACAAGGGUAAAUGUUGAAUUAAAUUUGGAGAAUCAGGUCAGUAUUUCUGAGGUUGCUACUUCUUUUGAUUCUGAAUUAGAAUCUAAAACUGAGGUAAUUGUUUCUCCUUUCCCAUCAAAUAAUAACAUGGCAACUUUAAGGGAACUAGCUGCACCUGACCUUCAGACCCAGCCCAUGUCCAUUACUUAUGCUGUUUUGGAAAAGCCAUUGAAAUUAAACUCUGGAUUUUUGAAUAUGCUUCCCAAGUUUCAUGGCCUGCAUGGUGAAGACCCUUAUAGACAUGUUAAUGAGUUCCUCAUAACAUGUGCAGCCAUGGAACCUGAAGGAGUUCCUCAAGAGCAAAUCAGACUUAGGGCCUUUCCCUUUUCAGUGAUGGACAGAGCAAAAGAUUGGCUGUACUAUAUGCCUCCUGGGUCUUUUAUAACCUGGCCAUUACUGCAUAUGGCAUUCUUAGAGGAGUUCUUUCCUGCCUCUAGAAUAGGAUCUAUUAGGAAGGACAUCUGUGGGAUAAAACAAAUGGGGAAUGAAUCAUUUUCUGAAUAUUGGAAGAGAUUCAAUAAACUCUGUGCUAGUUGUCCUCAGCAUCAAAUCUCUGAACAGCUGCUCAUCUAGUACUUCUAUGAAGGGUUAUCCCUAAUGGAUUGAAGUAUGGUAGAUGCUGCUAGUGGUGGUGCUUUAGUUACUAAGACCCCAGAGGAAGCUAGGAAUUUGUUCAAUCUUAUAUCUCAGAACACACAGCAAUUUGGACUAAGGAUGAAUGAACCAAAAAAGGAAACUGAAUCUCUUGCAGCCCUCACUGAUCAGAUUGCAAAUCUUACCAAAAUUAUGGGACUAAUGGUUAGUCUGGGAGGAAUCAAGAAGUCAGUUUGCU